GUGCGCUGCAGAAUUCUGGGUGCCGUGAGCCUCGGUUACAGAAGCUGUAAAAAUAUACUUCUCCGUGGCCACCUGCCAAGGAAGGCCUUGUUUCACGUUGAAUGCUUAGAGGAAUAAGAUAGCACGCGCUCCCGAGUCCCGGAGCAGGUGAGGGCGUUUAGCGGGCUUGAGAAGCAGGAAGCCAGCGCUCCGCGGCUCGGACUCUGCUGGCUGUUGGCGGUUUCGCCGGGCAGUGUCGAGGACGGUUUAGAGAUGGGAGAGACGGUUUCUCAAAGGGAAGACGCUCUCCAGGUUUAUAAUAAAGGUGCUAAGGAGGAGAAUGUAAGACAAAAAUAAUUAAAUAUUUCACAGAGAAUGGGAAACGGCUCUGUGACGUCAGGCUGGUUACCAGGAUCAUUAACUCUCCACCUGCCUGCAGAAUGCUCCGAUGUGGGUUUAUGGGUUUGUGAGGAUGAGUGGAGGUGCUGCAUGUGAUGUGCUCAGCACAGUGCCAGCUUUGUCUCAGUCAACUGUCCUGAUGCCACUUCCCUCAUCUCGUGCUCCCGUGAUGACUUUGCUUCUACACACUGAAAACAUGGAAGCCGUUGGAACAGACCAGCCCCAGGCUUCUGCCAGUACCUGGAUGUGCGCCUGUGUACUCGGCUGAACUCCCUUUAAGUUCUCUUCAACAGGCCACAUUCAAGAGGUGACUUGACUCCCUUUUGCCGGUGGCUGGAGCACAAUGGAUCACGCAGGGGCCAUAGACACCGAGGAUGAACUGGGACCGUUAGCCCAUCUUGCUCCAAGUCCUCAGAGCGAGGCCGUGGCUCAUGAAUUCCAGGAGCUCUCCUUGCAGUCCAGUCAGCACCUACCCCCUCUAAAUGAAAGGAAGAAUGGAAGUGUAGUCUUUUGGGAGUCAGGACUCCAGCCUCCUCUGCUGACUCAGUCUGUGAGUGUGGUGCUCCAGCUGAGGCUACAACAGAGGAGGACGAGAGAGCAGCUAGUGGACCAGGGCAUCAUGCCACCUUUGAAGAGCCCGGCGGCAUUCCAUGAACAGAUAAAAAGCUUGGAACGAGCCAGAACUGAAAACUUCCUGAAACACAAGAUCCGGAGUCGACCAGACCGUUCUGAACUUGUCAGAAUGCACAUUUUAGAAGAAACAUUUGCAGAGCCUUCCCUUCAGGCUACUCAGAUGAAGUUGAAAAGAGCUCGGCUAGCUGAUGAUCUGAAUGAAAAGAUUGCUCAAAGACCUGGUCCCAUGGAGCUGGUGGAGAAAAACAUCCUUCCGGUAGACUCCAGUGUCAAGGAAGCAAUUAUAGGCGUUGGGAAGGAGGACUACCCCCACACUCAGGGCGAUUUCUCAUUCGAUGAAGACAGCAGCGAUGCUUUGUCUCCGGACCAGCCCGCCAGCCAGGAGUCCCAGGGGUCAGCCGCUUCCCCUAGUGAGCCAAAAGCUAGCGACUCACCGUCUUCAGUGACUGCAAACACAGCUGCCCAGUUUACUGCAGUGUCCCCAGCAGUUCCUGAAUUCUUGAAGACUCCUCCGACUGUGGAUCAGCCUUCCACAAGGUCCACAGCUGCCGUCCUCCCCACGAACACUGUGUCCUCAGCAAAGCCUGGCCCAGCACUGGUCAAGCAAAGCCAUCCCAAGAAUCCAAACGACAAACAUCGUAACAAGAAGUGCAAAGAUCCCAAACCCCGGGUCAAGAAGUUGAAGUACCACCAGUACAUUCCUCCGGACCAGAAAGGGGAGAAGAGCGAGCCGCAGAUGGACUCCAACUACGCCCGCCUGCUGCAGCAGCAGCAGCUCUUCCUGCAGCUGCAGAUCCUGAGCCAGCAGCAGCAGCACUACAAUUACCAGACCAUCCUGCCCGCGCCAGUCAAAAAUGACAAAAACAACAACAGUGGGAAUUCAGCCUUGAACAACAGCACAUCGAACACACCGAGACAGAACACAGCUGCUCCUGUGAGAAAGCCAGGACCACUGCCUUCUAGCCUGGACGACUUGAAGGUAUCAGAACUGAAGACAGAACUGAAAUUAAGGGGUUUGCCAGUGUCAGGCACCAAACCAGACCUCAUCGAACGCCUGAAACCCUACCAGGAAGCGAACAGCGGUGGCCUUGCCGCUAGCGGUGUGGUGGCAGUGUCAUCGGCAGCCAUCGUCACCAGUAACCCGGAAGUCACCGUGGCAUUGCCAGUUACAACCCUGCAGACUGCCGUGACCAGUGCCCGGUCCACUUUCAAGGCGGAAAUGCCAUCCUCCGGCACCGGCAGCGUGGCCCACGUGGACGGUGCUCACUCCCCCCUGCCCAUCUCACCCUCGCCCUCGGAGCAGUCCAGCCUCAGCACCGACGACACCAGCAUGGCCGACACCUUCACCGAGAUCAUGACCAUGAUGUCGCCCUCCCAGUUCCUGUCGUCAUCUCCCUUGAGGGUGGCAAACAGCGAGGACAGCCUGAGCCCCGCUGGCAGCACCCUGUCACACCUGGAACUGGACGCCGCCGAGAAGGACCGCAGGCUGCAGGAGAAGGAGCAGCAGAUCGAGGAGCUCAAGAGGAAACUGGAGCAGGAGCAGAAGCUCGUGGAAGUCCUGAAAAUGCAGCUGGAGGUGGAGAAGCGUGCGCAGCAGCGGCCGCCGGAGCCCCAGCCCCGCGCCCCUGCUCCGGGCGCCACCAAGGCAGACCAGAAAGCGGGCAGUGUUGGUCCCUCCGUCAAAGAUGAGGCCUCCCUCCCUGACUGCUCCAACUCCAGGCAGCCCGUCCCUGCAGGGGCCCAGACCGUGCUUGCCCAGAAGGCUGUGGUGAUCAAGCAGGAGGUGGCGGUGGCGCAGGUGGCGCAGGCGGAGCAGCAGGGCAUCGUCCCGCAGUUCUACGUGAGUCCCCAGGGCCAGCCGCCGCCUGCCGUUGUCGCUCAGCCCCAGGCUCUACUGACCACCCAGACUGCUCAGCUGCUGCUCCCUGUGUCCAUCCAGGGCUCGAGCGUCACCUCCGUGCAGCUCCCCGUAGGCAGCCUCAAACUCCAGACUACGCCACAAGCAGGAAUCCAGCCUCAGCCUCAGAUAGCAACUACUGCCCAAAUCCCUGCUGCCGCCUUGUCCCCAGCCCUGGCCUCGAGCGUUCCUCAGAAACAAGACCCGUUCCAGCAGCAAGUGCUCAGUCAGCCUCAGCAAGCGAGAAAGGUGUUCACAAACUCGACCCCCAACACCGUGCUUCCGUAUCAGAGACCGCCCGCGCCGGCCGUCCAGCAGCCCUUCGUCAGUGCCCCCGCCAGCGGCAUCUGCCAGCCCAGAAACGCUCCACCCCCAGCCUUGCAGAACGGGGCUCCUGCUCCCACCAAGCCUAGCUCGCCUUCUCCACCCCAGCAGUUUGUCGUCCAGCACUCCCUGUUUGGGAGUCCAGUCGCCAAGACAAAAGACCCUCCCCGCUAUGAGGAGGCCAUCAAGCAGACACGCAGCGCACAGUCGUCCCUUCCGGAGAUUUCCCACGCCCACAGUCAGCAGAUGGACGACCUCUUUGAGAUCCUCAUUAAAAGUGGAGAGAUUUCUCUGCCUAUAAAAGAGGAGCCCUCUCCUAUUUCCAAAAUGAGACCAGUGACAGCCAGCAUCACCACAAUGCCCAUCAACACCGUGGUGUCCCGGCCGCCGCCCCAGGUCCAGAUGGCACCCCCUGUCUCCUUGGAGCCCCUGAGCAGUUUAUCUGCCAGCCUAGAGAACCAACUAGAAGCUUUCCUGGAUGGAACGUUACCUUCAGCCAAUGAAAUUGCUUCUCUGCAGAGCAGCAGCGAAGACAGAGAGUCCUUCUCUCUGAUCGAGGAUCUCCACACUGACUUGCUGGAGCACUCGCACUCGCCCAUGGAGACUUCCGAGGCCCAGUUCGCAGCAGGCACCCCCUGCCUGUCCCUGGACCUCUCGGACUCAAACCUGGACAACAUGGAGUGGUUGGACAUCACCAUGCCCAGCACGUCGUCGGGGCUCACUCCGCUCAGCGCCACGGCACCAAGCAUGUUCUCCGCUGACUUCCUCGACCCCCAGGACCUCCCGCUGCCAUGGGACUAGUGCCGCAGGGUUCUCGUCUCGGGGGCCGUGAGGUUUUAGAAUACAAAGAAGAGUCUGGAAGGUCAGUUUCUAGAGGUAGAUCCAUAGUUGCAUUAUUGCAAUUGAAACACAUUGUCAUGGACAGAAGACAGAAGGUUCUAAGCCUGGAACCCAAGUUUGGAAACCUUUCAUUGCGCCUGGCAGUGAAUUUCUGCAGCUUAGCAUAGCACGGGGCCUUCUGAAGUGUACACUAGUCAAAGAGGACUUGUCUCAGUGCAGCGGCAAGAGUACCUUUAAGUCAAAACACAGAUGAGAAUCACACACGGGAAAUGACACUAGGAUUCUCUGGUUACCAACUACAUUUAAACCUCUGUGGUCACUUUACGACUCUAAAUAAAGGCAGAUGACUACACUCAAAACCCAGGCCAGUCAGUGUGAGGGCGGUGAGCGGUACUGCAGGUUGUACUUCUGGGGACGGCGCAAGCCAGGCCAAGACAGCAGGGCUCAGAGGCAGUGCAGGGCCCUGGCCAGUUCAGUGACGGCUUCUAGCUGAAGACUUUUGGUUCAUCCAGAAACCUAUGUAAUUUUUGUGUGUUGUAGUUUAUUUUGUGAUUUUUGGAAUCUCACUUUAGAUUUCUAAAUUUAAACUUAAGUGGGCGCUCUUUCGUUGUAACCAGGAGAUGUCUACAACACCCUGUCAGAAGCAAUCCACUGUACAAAGUCCAGGUGUACUGAAAAUCCUAGCUGCAGCCCUCCAGGGCGGGCUCACUGGUUUCGCCCCGUGUGUCAGACGUGUGUGUGUCUACUCUGACGUGGUGACUUGUGCAGCCGACAGUAGGGUAAGGAAAUGGGUAUCCAGUGGUCCUGCUUCUUGUGAUAACUCGAACGUCUCUCGAGUACCUGAGCCACAUGUAUUUGUGUUAAGAAUCUCUGACUUUCAGGUAACCAGAGCCAUCUCAAAGAACCAAGGCAAGGCUUUAGCAUGAGCGAGCUUUCUGAGCUGGUGUGUUAAAGAGGGGACGGUCCCUCUGCAGCCGAGGACAGCCUGGCCGGCCUUCCCUGCCUCGUGUCCAUGGUCAUCACUUCAUAGGCUUCUAACUGGACAUCACGAUCCUUUCAAGCCGAAGAUUAGAAAACUGGAGGUUUUACUUUUUUUAUAUAUAGAAAAAAAGUCACUACGUACUUGUUGAGUAGCUUAAGAAUUUCCUAAAAUGCCAACUCUCAGAGCAUUUCCAAAAUUAUUUUAGUCAUUUAAAAAUGGUAAAAUGUAAAUAUCUGAACAAAAAACUGAACUCUAGCAAAAGAAUGUGGAGAUGUUGAUCCUGUCACAGAACCGUGCACUCCUCACCAGGAAAUGGCCCCCUCCCCGGUGUAUGCAGGAGGCUGCCUGGCCCGCUACUCAGAAAGAACGUGGGAAUGACUUUGGGUCAGUGUUCUAAGCGCGGAUCUCGUUUCUGGAGUUUAUUCGGUUGGGGUUCGUUCGCACGGUUCACUCUACGUGGAGAUGCGCUUUCCCGGCACAAGCACACGGGAGCCCAGUGGGUGCAGAGGCCCCCGUGCCCCGUGCACUCUGGUGGACAGCUUACAUGUGUAGCAGAGGGUGACGCGAUGUGCAGGGUACAGAAACCAUCUCCUCACCUGGGCAGGCACCUUCCUCAGGGGGGCUCUUGGCUGUGGUUUGUUGCCAAGGCAUUUGGCUGGAGUUUGUCAGCUGCAUCCUUAGUCCCUGAGCAUCUUCAUUCAGAUGUGGAUGGCUUACUAAAGUAGCACCAAAUGUCAGUGGGACGGUAGGAGGCCAGGGACACCCAGAGCCAUUCCCUCCCGCGAGGAGCUCUGUGUCCACGAUCCUGACCUGCGUACGGCAUUGCCUUUCUAGUCCUCGGGCCCCUUUAUUGCAUCUUCAGAUAGGAUUUGGAACAUGCCACGGGAAGGCUGCUCUCCAAAAACACAGCCCAGUGCAGGGAACGCUCCGUGCCGACAGUGACUUCUCAGGAGCCCACUUCACAUAGGCGUGGGGAUGCUGCGUGGAUCAGAAGGCAUGUCUCAAGAGAGCCAGGGCUCUAGCUAUUACGCUAUCAGCCAUUCCGCUUGCCCUGUUCGCCCGGCCACCCUCUCCCGGCUGUCCUGCCGUCUCAGCCACGUGUUCCUGGUUGCCAUGUGCACUUGACAAGACCAAAGACCAGUCUGCAAACAAGGCCCUUGACCUGAGCCUGCGUGCCUGGCACAGGCGCCCUGAGGUUCCGCGGGUCUGGGAAAGACAGUUCCAUGUUGUUGUUAAAGGUCCGUUUCACAGCCAUGAAAGCACAGGGCAAAGCAGCCGGCACAGGGGUCCUGCUGUACAUCACAUUACCAAGAGAGUAACUCCUGGAGACAGGUCAUCUCACAUCCCAUUGUGCUCGCUACGAUCAGCGUCUCCUCUGCUGGGAGCAGGGGGAGUGUGCAGUCUUAGCAAAGCUUCCACCAAGUCUGGGGCAGCCUAGGGGGUGUGGCCAUCUUGUAAUAUCCGCGAAGCAUGGGUUAGAAACCUCUUAGAGCAAAACUAGUGGUCAAGUCCCCUGACGCUGCAGCCCACUGUGUAGUGCUGCCACGUGUCUGUGCGCAGGUGUGUUCUGAACAUGUGGGAUUUCUCCCUGAGAUGCUGUUUGUACUUGCUUCAUAGGAAUAUUUUUGAGAUCUUGAAGAGAUCUUCUUUAAUUGCCUUUUUACAAACCGUCAAACCGUGCUCCAGGGACAGACAUACACUGAUUUGUCAGGGCUGUCGAGGAGCAGUGGCUCCAAGCUGCUGCCUGUGGAGGCAGGGCCACGGGGAGACGACGGCGCCCUGCUGUACUGGCAGCCAGUUAGCCAUCCCGUCACCACAGCCGCGCUGCCCCCCAGCCCAGAGCGUGCGUGCAGACGAGCCAUAGCCGCUGGCCACCAGCUGUCCCCACACGCACUGGCGUGGUCCCUGAGAGAAGUGGGGCGCCCUGGGCAGGGAGGCGCCCAUCUCAGUGUCUGUCCUCGGGCCCUGGGCAUUCCCCUGACCCCCACCAGCUUGCCCAGGCGGGGAGUGCGGGGCACUGCCAGGGACUUCUUAGAGAACGGUGAAGAACAGCUGUUCAGUGUGUCGGCAGAGCCACACGGCACACUUUAACCAGGUUCACAAACAACUCUGUUGCCAGCCGAGUGCUGGCAACAGAGAUCACCAAAUACCAAUUGUCCCGUGCCCUGGAAGCCACAAAAUUAGUCCAGACUUGUCACCAUUAACUGGAAGGCCAGGCUGAUGGAGGAGCAUCGCUUGUGAGUGCAUCGGUGUGCAUCUGGAGAGCGCCCUGACUGCGUCCCCACUCACCCCCACGAGACUGCAGUCAACUGGAAAGUAACCACUGAGGCGCGGCACUCUUUCCCCAGGCCCCUUCCCCAGUCCCCCGGGGCUGCACUCCUGUGGGCCAGGGACUCUGCCCAGUGCCGCGCAGGCCGGCGCAGUCCCGCUCACCUGCCUCGCAGCGUCUGAGGAGACGCAGCACUGCAAAAGGUUCUGUCCACACUCUGGUGUCAGGUGUGCAAUUCAGAAAGCUGCACGUUUACAGAAGAGCUCUCACCUACACACACACACACACACACACACACACACACACACCCCGCUCUGUGAAUCAUGAUGGGAAAAUGUCACAGAUCCACAGGUGCUGUCUGGAAUUGAGUGAAAUACGUAAUUGGAGACGUUGACACAGCUACCAUGUGUAACAGAGCUUGGUGCCAACUACUAGGACGAAGCUUUAACCAAGACCGUAGAAAUCACCAGAACCCCUAACGAUUACCUCUCUGCAUUCUGCUGUACGGAAUCUUGCUAACUGGUAGGAAGAGGAAGCAUUUAGGAAAGGGUUUAGUCUACCAAAAGUACUUGACCUCGAGUAACCAAGAGGAAUGCAAAUGUUUCAAAGGAACCAAAGGCAUUGCCAAGUAUUUGCCAAAAGGAGGCACUUUUUAUUUAAAAUUUGAGACUAAUGAGAUCUCAAAAACCAGUCCCAAAAAGGUAUUAUACAUUUAAGGUUAUAAUUUUCACAGAGAUGUAGAUAUUUCUCUAUCGUCUUCAUGUAAAAUAGUAGAGAGCUGUUUUAAGAAUACAUAUCUAGUAGUAAUACAAGGUUUUUUUCCUUUCCAUGUAGAAAUUAGUUUUCUUGCUUGCAAUAGAAAUGCAACGUGAUAGGUGUUUCUCUUCUUAUUUUCAUUGUCACAUUAUGUCUUAGCAUCUCACUCUAUGAAAAAAAGAAGAAAGAUACCAAUCCACGGAGCCCUGCUUGUUGAAGCAACAAGAAACGAUGGCAGUUGGGGGUCCAUUUGUUAUUGCCUUUGUGUUGUUUUUAAGAAAACCAUGAUGCCUUCGUCCCUGCUGUCUGCACCCCUGACCUCGAGUCCGCAUCAUGGCCGGGUGCCAUACGUGUUGCACGUGCACUGUACGUAGGUGGCACACGCGUGUCCUGUGUGUGUGCGCAUCCCUCGUUACAUCUCUGUACAUAGCGGCAGGAUCGUAGCUGAUCGGGAAACGUUUGAUAUCUCGGCAAUUUUGCAUUUUUGUGUCUCAAAUAAAAGACAUUUUGAUGUA